UCGUCUGAGGAAGCGAGUUAUGUCUCGUCCCGAUGCUGAACCUAUACUGUAAUUGUAGAACACAGAAAAACGUCGUCCUCAUGGUUAUCUUCUCAGACAGUUAAUUUCACGCCAACAAUCUACUCGCGUUUUAGAACAGCUUUUAUUUGCCUUAUUUAUUCUGAGAGAGUUCAGAUUUUAUGUCAAAUAUUUAUUUAUAGUUUCAAAACGUUUACAUGGCUACAGCAAGCGGCAAUUGUAACCACGGCAGCGCCCGUUCAGAGAAGGACAGGUUGGUUUCCUCUGUGUCUCCUCGCGGCUACGGCUCCAGCGACAGCAGCGGCAAGCCUGUUCACCACAGAGACAGCCAUGGCAACCCCCGGUUGCCCACGGCGACGGCGGGUGGUUGGCUGGGGGCGGAGCAGGGAGAGGAGGCCCUGCGCAGGAAGAUCAAGUACUUCUUCAUGAGCCCCUGUGACAAGUUCCACGCCAAGGGCCGCAAGCCCUUCAAACUGGGCCUGCAGCUGCUCAAGAUUGUCAUUGUCACCGUGCAGCUGGUGUUGUUUGGCCUCAGCAACCAGAUGGUGGUGACGUUCAAGGAGGAGAACACCAUGUCCUUUAAGCACAUCUUCCUGAAGGACUAUGACGAGGGCUCCGACGACACGUUGGCCGUGUACACACAGAGCGAUGUCUACAAACACAUCUUCCACGCCGUAGACCAGUAUGUGGUGCUACACGAGACCACGGUGGGACACUAUGCGUACGUCUAUGGGGUCGGGGUGAACGGGAGUGCCCUCUCGCUCUGCCAGCAGUACUACAAGAAGGGCAGCAUCGAUCCCGCCAAUGAUACCUUCAACAUUGACCCUCGUGUUAUCACAGAUUGUGUGGGAGUUAACCCUCUGUCAGUCCCUCGAGCGCCUUUAGGCAGUGACUACAAGAACUUUACCCUCAAGUUCCACAAACUCAUAAACGUGACGAUACAGUUCCAACUAAAGGCCAUCAACAUUCAGACCAUCAUCAACAACGAGAUUCCUGACUGUUACACCUUCUUCAUAACGAUAGUCCUGGACAACAAGGCUCACAGUGGUAAAGUGAGGAUCAGUCUGGAAAACCAGGCUUUUAUAAAGGAGUGUAAAGACCCCAGUGUGUCUGGCCACGCGGAGAACUACACACGGCUAGCGCUUGACGUGGUGGUGGCGAUCGUUUGUAUGCUGUCCCUGCUGCUGUGUGGCCGCUCCAUACUCCGCGGCAUCAUACUACAGGCCGAGUUUGUCGAGUUCUUCAAGACUAACCUGGGCCGGAAAGUAAGUUGGGAUGAAAGGAUGGAAUUCAUCAAUGGCUGGUACAUCCUGCUCAUCAUCAGUGACGUCCUCACCAUCAUCGGCAGCGCCAUUAAGAUCGGCAUCGAGUCCAAGAAUAUGUCAUCGUAUGAUGAGUGUGGCAUCCUGUUGGGGACCUCCACCUUGUUGGUGUGGGUCGGAGUCAUUCGCUACCUCAGCUUCUUCCAGAAGUACAAUAUCCUGAUCGUGACCUUGCGAGCUGCGUUCCCCAACGUGAUCCGGUUCUGCUGCUGUGUGGCUGUCAUCUACCUGGGCUACUGCUUCUGUGGCUGGAUCGUGCUGGGGCCCUAUCACGUCAAGUUCCGCUCUCUCUCCAUGGUGUCGGAGUGCCUGUUCUCGCUGAUCAACGGCGACGACAUGUUUGUGACCUUCUCGGAGAUGCAGGAGAGCAGCACGCUGGUGUGGGUGUUCAGCCAGGUCUACCUGUACACCUUCAUCUCCCUCUUCAUCUACAUGGUACUGUCGCUCUUCAUCGCCCUCAUCACCGGCGCCUACGAAACUAUCAAGCAUCAAACCCAGGAGCCCUACCACAUUACGGACCUGCACGCCUUCAUCGCAGAGUGCACUGACACGCCCAGCUCGGGGAUGUUCCGGGGCCUAGAGACCUCGCCAUGCUCUUUCUUCUGCUGUUGUGACAGAACGACAACAUACGAGGAUGUCCUUUUGGUGAACUGACUGGGCUGGGGUGUCUGGACCUACAGCGCUGUCUGCUGGCCGGAGCACCACACUGCAUCCAGAUUUUAAUUGUCAUUACCAUCAAAUCUGGGUCAGGCAUGAGCACUUACUUGAAUUAGGGGACUCAGUUCAACCAUAUACAGACAGAGGACUGUGAGCUGAAAGCCUAAUCUUUUUUUGAUUGGAUUCAUUGGCCAGACCUCCUGCAUUGUGUGAAUGUUAUAGGGAUGUUGCCUGGAUGUUACAUAGUAACAUACAGCUCAACACAGCAUUCCCCACACAGAAAGAGAACAACAGUAUUUUAGCAAAAAUCUGGAUAUAUGCACAAUCCAUACUUGCUGAGGACCAUAGUGCAAUGUGAAAUGUCUUGUUAGCAUUCAUGCUAACGUUUAGCUGCUUUUAAUUGUUUUACAUGGGUUUUUAGGUGUUCAGUAAGCUGCAAAAUGGACAAGAACUGGACAAAGCAUGCUAUUAAUAUCAGAAGUUCUGGUUAUAUAUGAAGGGGAUGACAAUGACAUGCAUACUUCAUACUAGGUCAGAGACUGCUCUGGAGUAGCAUUUCCACUGUCCCUAAAAGGAGAGGGCACUUAAGCCCAAGUCACAUGACUCACCCAAGAACAUCAUUGCCCUGUCAUGAGGCGCAAGCCCAGCAAGAACUGCUGAGAGCAAGGCUGGCUUCGCCACAGUGCUUUGUGUUUCGCCACAGUGCUUUGUGGUCGCCACCGCUGCACUCAAGUGUACAAGUAAAUUGAACUUAAACCCUGCACUGCAUCUGGACCCAAUGGCUCACCCAAUAGCCUUAAUCUUUGCUCAGAUGUACAAAUCUCCUGCCUAAUAGGCUGAGUUUAGACAGGCAGUCCAAUUCUGCUCUUCUUUUGACCAAUCACAUCAGAUCUUUUUCAGAGUUGAUCCGUUUUGGUAAAAAAAAAUACAGAUUAGUAGAUAUAAGAUAAGACUUGAGCUUCCUGUCUAAACGCAGCCAUAGUAUUUCAGAGUUUAAGACCGAUCCAUUAACAAAACUGUACUUACACCAAGGUGCUGGUUCUGGUCUCCAGGAACAAUAUCCAUAGAAUUGUCCUGUAGUUUAAGUUGGACAGAGAAAGAGAUGCAGUGCAUCAUCUCAAGCACGCCUACAGUACCAGUAGUUUCAGUAGGUGUCCAUCCGAUGACACAGCACACAGGGUAAAUGUCAGUGCUAUUGUUGAUUUGUGCGUGUCAAGUUGUACACUGUACAUGUCCUGUUCACGACGCACAAGUGAUGCUGCUUCAUCAGAGGUCAUUGGAAAGGGGACCCGUAGUGAAGUAGUCAAAUCCACUCCGAGUCUCACAAAGACCCACUAACACAAUACCCACCAUGGCACAGCAUUCCGGUCGCAAUGGUAAUGUGACUUUCCAAUUUUGCCUGAGCUGAAUGUAACUUCUUUAAAUGAGGAAACUACAUGAUUGGAAAAUGGAGGGUUCAUCUUUUUUUGGGGGGUGGGGGGGG